CUUCCUCUGACAAGGUGAACACCGACAAUAACUUGAAUAUCGUUACAAUUCACUAUUCAGUCUGGGAACGACAGAGCCUGAGGGUAUUAUUCCCAGUCAAGCCAGUUCUAUCCUCACAUCUUCCACUUUCGUAAUCAGUUCAAGCACUUUCUCCGCUGGUGUCCCUCCCUCCCUCUGCCACCGGCCACCAGCUCGCUGAAGACAAGACACCAGUGGGCUUUUCUCAGGGUCAAGGGGUUGCCAACAUGCCUCCGCAGCAUAUAGAGAUCGCGGAGACGAUAGCAGCUUUGAAGCGAACUUUGCGACGAGAAAGAGAAGCUCCGACCGAUCAACCCAUAUCAUCCGCAACGAACAGAGGCAACAAGUUAAAGCUCGGUGCGAACUACGUCCACGCAGGCGCUCUGCCAUAUCCACACGGUCCAGACGGCUACAAGCAGAAGAUUGAACAUGCUGGGUAUACCCGAUACAUCCUGCAGCGAAAUCCUCGGCGGUAUAACGAGUACGGAGACGAGUUGGACGACAGCGAAAGUGACACCGAAGCGGACGCAGACGCCGAAGAUGAGAAUCCUUACAGCGGCGUCCGAAUUGAGGAACUCUUGUGUCCUUUGAAACAUCCAUCCGAGCUGUCAACACAUCCUACUCUCUCCCUCCCCUUCCUCGACAGUGCCCUGCCCGACCAGGUGAGAUCCACCGAAGAAAUCCUGCGGCGGGAAAGGGCCCAUCUCUGGCGAGCCAAGAAUCUGAACAGAGUCUUCAUGGGCGACGAAUCUUGGAUACCUUUGGGUGCCGUCGAGGGGCCUGACGACUGGGACAUGUUUGAACCUAGGCCGAGGGCACUCUCGGAAAACGCCAACAAGAAGCGAAAGCGAGAGACAGAACAAGAAGCCACCCAAAACGGAAUUAAUGGACAUGCAUCCACUAUCGAAGAUGAGGAUGUUGGUGCUACCAAGGAUACGAAAGAGCGCGAUACCAGUGAGAAGGGUCUGGAAGAGGCCCAGCCAGGAGACAAACAUGAAGUGGAACAAAAUCCAGAAGUGUCUGCCCAUGAGGACAGCGCUAUGGACAUGACCGAGCAGACCACGAAUGGCAAUGGGCUCCACCACACCGAUGAUGGUCGCGAUCAUGCACAAAAUGAUGCCAAUUUGGACGAACCCAGAGUCAAGCACGACGAGGAUGCAAAGGAGGGCGGUUCUCCUGAACAAACUAACCUCCACGCAGAUGAACAAGCCGAUGCUGAUGACGAAGGCGAUGCACAACCGACGCGAAGAAUUACCCGAGCACUUGCAGCCGAGCACAAUGCUUCCACCGCCGCAACUCCUCCCAUGUCACCAAGUUCAACCACAUCUUCCAUCGACUCCUCGCUCCUUAAACCCGAUCCUCUAUUCCUCCUUCCUCCGGCAUUGACGACGAACCAACGAGUGCCCCCCAUAUUGUCCCGCCUGGGUCUGCCGAUUGAUGAAUUCAUGGAAACGCGGCGACUGCUGAUGCUAUUCAUACAAAAGCAAGAAGAAAGUGUGCGGGCAUACGAAGCGGUGCUGGCAAAACUGAUAAAGGCCAAGAGGAUGCGCGAAAAGCUCUGGGAAUGGUGUAGAACUGAAGGGCAUGUGGGCGAGUUGUCAGACGGCGAGGAUUGGAUUGAUGCAGAGGCAUGGGGAUUGGCUCCCGAAGACCUCAGGAAGGGCAAAGAUGAAGAUGAUGUGGAAGGUCAGGAAGACACUGGUAGGAAGGGGAAGAGGAGAAGAAGAGAUUAGAGGUCCGCCGGAAUGAGCCAAGCGGAUAUGAAAUGAUGACGGGUUUCAAUUCGUGGCAUAUGCACAAACCAAUGUCAUUUUGCAUUGGGGACACCA